AUGAAGACUGUUAGAUCCAUCUCUCUUCUUGUUUUCUUCAGCUACAUUAACUGUCAGACUCUUCAGAGAAGUUUGCUAGAUGCAGCCAUGCAGCACACUAAUAACCAGGAUUAUCUAGAGAAGAACUUAAGAGAUGUCACUAGUAUUAUGGUCACACAGUUUCUCCAGAAAUUGACUUAUGAAGAAGUACAAACGAGUGUUAAAGAGCUGCUAGACCUUGCAGAGAAGUGCAAGAGCCUCCAGCCACAUGAAUCACCUUCAGAAUGUUGUCACCAACUGAUGACCACCUUCCUAGAGCAUAUUUGCAAUAACCAAGGAAUAGCUGACAAACAUGUAUUUUCUGACUGUUGCAAUACAAAUAACACGGCAAGACACAAGUGCUUCCUAUUACACAAAAGGGAUGAUGCCGGUUACAGUGAUAUAUUCCAAAUUCCAAAUUUUGAGCAGAUCUGUGAGAUGCACAAAGAGAAUCAAGUGUCAGUGAAAGAGAGGUACAUGUAUGAAACGUCUAGAAAGCACCCAUUCUUGUACGGCCCCACUAUUCUGACCAUGUCAGCUUGCUAUGAAACAGCUAUUCAGUCAUGUUGCCAAGAAGGAAAUAAGACCGAAUGCUUCCAGAGAAAGCUAGAACCCAUCAGAAAGUACAUUAGAGAAAUAUCUUUGAGGCAUCACCACUUAUGUGAAAUUGGGAUUAAAUUCAACCACAAGGUAGCAAAAGCGGUGGAACUGGUUCUGUUGACUAAAAAACAACCGAAAGCUAACUUUUCUGAAAUUGCCAAACUGGCCACGGAUAUUAAAAAUCUGCAUCAGACCUGUUGUGAAGGAAAUGCAGCAGCAUGUGUGUUUGGCAGGAGCCAGCUCAUGAACUAUAUCUGCUCACAACAGGCCAUCCUAUCCAGCAAGUUCACUCCAUGCUGUGAACUGCCAGAGCCAUUCCGAGGGGAAUGCGUUAUCACCUCGGAAAACGAUGACAAACCUGAUCUCUCAUCCCUGCCACUCAGCAGGUUUACAGAAGACCAGUUUGUGUGCAAACAAUUCACAGACAAGCAAGAUGACUUCCUACAAGAGUUUCUUUAUGAAUAUUCAAGAAGACAUCCAGAGUUGGCAGUUCCAGUGAUUUUAAGGGUGGAUACAGUAUAUCAAAACUUACUGGGAAAAUGCUGUAAAUUAGAAAAUCCGCUGGAAUGCUAUAGCCAUGGGGAAGAGAUGUUCCAAAGAGUGGUUUGUGAAAGCCAUGAACGUGUGAAAAAUCAGUGUGAUUUACAUGGGAAAUUAGGAGACAGUAACUUCCAUGACAGGCUCAUAGUCCUUUAUACUAAGAAAGCCCCACAACUAUCUGCUCAAGAGUUGGUUGUAUUCACGAAGAACAUGGCAGCUGCUGCCACCAAGUGUUGCCCAUUGAACGAUGAGCAACAGUUUGUUUGCCUGGAGGACUCGGCAAAGCUAAUUCUUGGAGCUUUAUGCAGAAGACAUGAGGCAGAGCCUAUCAAUGCUGGUGUGGGUGACUGUUGUGAUGACUCAUAUGCCUUCAGGAAGCCUUGCUUUGAUGAUCUGCAAGUCGAUGGAACUUACAUUUCUCCACCUUUAUCCUGUGACCAAGUCCUCAACCUUAAAGAAGACUUGUGCAAAGCUCAGGAGGAGGAAUUACAAACUGAAAAGCAAAAGCUCCUCAGCAACCUUGUGAAGCAGAAACUACGUGCAGCAGAGAUGCAGUUCCAGCCAAUUCUUGUGGAUUUCGCUCACCUGGUGGAGAUGUGCUGCCAAGCAGAGAAAAGUGAAAUGUGUUUCCAAGAAGAGGGGUCCAAACUGAUUGAAAAGUGCUGGUCUCUUUUGGGAGGCUAAAUGAUACCAGAAAAUGUCCAUGUAGGAUCUUUGCUGAGAACUGCAUUUUGUUUCUCAUGACUAAUGAAAUGCACAUCUAGUAUUCAAAAGAAGAAUCAACAACAUCAUUUUUCAUCUGUUCCCCUGUGUUACUCAAGAGCACUAGCUACUCUGCACUAAAUAUCUCCUUUCCUACUCGGCAGAGAAAUCUUCUUAUUGUAACACUCAUUCAAUCCAUUUUCAUCCCUCCUUUCUCCCCAUAAGCUUUCUACUUCUCAAAAGCAACAACAGAAAUAUGAAAUCAAGGGGCCUCUCAAAACCCUCAGGUGGAUAUAAUGGGCUGCCACAUUGACCUGGGACCUGGCUGCUGGAUUUCCAGAGUGAAAAGACCCAAAGUGCCACUUAGGGUUUCUAUCUAUACCACUACUGAAAAUGAUUAUUGAUGAACUGAAUGUGUUUUAUAAUAAAGUUACCAAAGGGGCAAGGGGGUGGGGGAGGGAUAAAUCAGGUGUUUGGGAUUAGCAGAUAGAUAUACACUACUAUAAAAUAAACAACAAGGACCUACUGUAUACCACAGGGAACUAUAUUCAAUAUCCUGUAAUAAAUCAUAAUGGAAAAGAAUGUGGAAAAAAAUAUAUAAAUAAUAAGUUUACUUUCAUAACUCUAUUCCCGUUCAUCUGUACCCUAAAUAUGUGAUGCUGACAUUGUCAUCAAGAGGCUCUAAUAUGUGUAUAAGUUGAGCUUUCGGUAAUGAUUUGCCAUAGGAGUCUUUUCCCUGGAAACCCUGGCAUAAAUAACAUAAAGGACUUACUUGGAUUUAUUUUUCCAGAUUUGUGUGUGUGUGUGUGUGUGUGUGUGUGUGUGUGUGU